AUGGAGGGUCCGCCAGGAGAGGAUGAAAUAUGGAAGUACCUCUUGGCUAAUCCCCAGGGUCGAGCAGAGAUCUUCCAACAGCCCAACAAGACGUUGGUGUGGAGGGCCGUGGAGUUCGAGAGGGUUGAAAAGUUCAAAGGGUUGACACAGGAAGAGCGACUAGUGUAUUCGCUCAUCGAGAAGGAGGGCAACAUGGGGUUGUGGACGAGGGACAUGAAAUUCAGGAGCAACCUGCAACAGACGACCAUCAACAAGAUCCUUAAGACCCUACAAAACCGAAAACUCAUCAAGGCCGUCAAGUCGAUUGCGGGUCGAAACAGGAAGGUGUACAUGCUCUACGAUCUGGAGCCGUCGGUCAAGGUCAAGGGUAACGCAUUCUACACACCGGACGGGGUGUUCGACAGUGAGUUUGUGAACGUGCUGAACAAGCACUGUUAUCGGUAUAUCGAGCAGGAGGGCUCCGUCACCCUUGAGAGCAUGGCGUCGUUUGUGCGAAACUCGGGAAUGUCGAACGUGGAGCUCAAGGAUGAGGACGUGCAGCAGAUCCUCGAUACCCUCAUCUACGAUGGCAAGGUGGACAAGGUCAAGGACGCCGGCAUCUCCAUUCCCGUCUUCUACAUGUGCGAGGAUGAGGGAGAUGUCACGCCAGCCAAGUGCCCCUACCUUACACAGUGGCUUGACACCAAGUGGUGA